AUACAGUGCGGAUUCCAGGCAGACGAGCUGUAUUCAAGAAUUGCUGGUGAAGGUUCUGUACGCUGUAGUUUGCAGUACAAUGUUACCAGAGAAGAAGCUUCAUAACUCUUAAUGCCUUUUUGGCAAUGCUGUUACAGUGAGCUCUGGGGCUUAGAUAAUUUGAGAUGAGUUGUAAGAGCAUUGUACAGGGUUGCAUGUAUAGGUUGGACAUUCGUUUAGGGUCACAAUCAUUGGGAAGAGAGGGUUGAGAGACAUUUCUCUUUCUUCUCAUUUAUUUCCCUUUCCAUUUACUUCCAUUUAUUUUAUUCUGCCACAACAAUUCGAAUACACCUUUAAAAUAUAAUUUUACCAGGAAUUUUUGUUAAGUGUUUUCAAUUUGCAUGUAGUGUGCAUCUAUUUUAUGCAAAUCUAUCCAAACUCAACACCUUUCUGAGUACAUUCCCCCUCACCCCAAAUAACAAGGUGACAAGCAAUUUUCUCUGAUAUAAAACAUCUCCAUGCAUAAUUUUAAUCAAUCCAUGGGCAUAUUUUGGCUCAAAAAAGGCAAAAUUAAAUUUCUCCUACUACCUAAUGGCUGGAAAGGGUGAGAGCAAUUGUGAAAAUAGUAACGGUUUAUCUCUUUCUGGAGAUGCUUUGGCACAAGAAAACAGCAGAUUGAAGCAAGAUAGUAGAUAGCAACUGAACUUAUUGUUUCAGGCAGACCCUGCUUAGUAGCAGGAGGGAUGCUGAGCUCCUGUUUUUUGGGAUAAGAGCCAGAUACACCCAACCAGCUCUCCCUUAGCUACCAAUAUCUACAUAAUCCAAAGUUCAUGGUAACAGCAUUGCUAAAAAUUGUAUUGUUCAUUAGAGCUUAUAAAACUUACGCUAGAACAAUCUGAGAGUAUUGUUCAACUGUUUAGAAUCCCCACCAAUUAUCUGACAUCAGUACAAUCGAGGGGGUUCAGAAGUAAUAUUGUAAUAUACAAGCAGAAUUUGGUGCAGUGCUGUUUUUCAGUUGUAACUUUUGCCCUUUCAGGUGCUGUUCUUAAGGACCAUCAGAAAAGGUCGGAUGGAGAACCAAAGCAUGUCUGAAUUCAUCCUCAUGGGUUUUGCCAUUGGCCAUCAAACUGAGCUCCUGCUAGCCUUCCUCUUUUUAACCAUGUAUAUUGCAAGCUUGGGGGCCAAUAUGGUCAUCCUAUACAUUGUCUUGGCAGAUAACCGCCUCCAUAACCCCAUGUACUUCUUUCUCGGUAAUGUUUCCAUCCUGGACAUCUUCUUCACCUCUGUAACCAGCCCACAAUUGGUCUGGAACCUCCUCUCUGGUGACAAAUCAAUUUCUUUUGCUGGCUGCAUGAUACAGUCUUAUUUCUAUUUCUUCUUAGGGACGGUACAAUUUUUUCUCUUUACCUCCAUGUCCUAUGACCGUUAUGCCGCCAUAUGCAAGCCACUGCAAUAUCAUGCCAUCAUGAGCAUACACGUGUGCAUCCAGAUUGUUUUUGCUUGCUGGCUGGUUGGGUUUGUCUCAGUUUUUGUCCCCACCAUUAUGAUCGCCAGACUAUCCUACUGCAAGUCUAACAUCAUCAACCAUUUCUUUUGCGACAGUGGCCCUCUGUUGGAUCUGUCCUGCAGUGACACCCGAGUGAUAGAGUUGAUGGACUUUGUGCUGUCGUCUGUUGUCAUCCUCUGCUCUUUAGUCUUAACCUUAGUUUCUUAUAUAUGUAUCAUCUCAGCAAUAAUCCGCAUCUCUACCACUUCAGGCCGGGCAAAAGCUUUCAAUACUUGUGCUUCCCAUCUGACCAUCAUCUCCAUCUCCUGUGGCAUCAGCAUCUUCAUCUAUGUCACCCCAUCUCAAAAGGAGACUCUUGAAGUCCAUAAGGUUCCUGCUCUUCUCACCUCAAUUGUCUGUCCUUUUAUGAACCCUUUCUUGUUCACCCUGCAAAAUGCCACGGUGAAGCUGGUAUUAAGAGACAUGGUGAGGCACAUCACAGAGCGGAUUGCUCACAAGGUUUGUGGCGUCCUGGUGAAGAAUGGACAUAAUAAGAGGGGAGACCAGGCAAAAGCAUAAGAAGGGAAAGAGAACAAGCUGCAACUUUUCAACCUCAGUAAUGAUGGUGUUUGUGCAUCACGUUCGAAGAGGACCUUGACAUCUAAUAUGUUGUAGGCUGUCCACAAUAUAUCUUCAGGUGGCUGGUUAGGCCUAUACUGGCAUGAAAUGUUCCUCCACAUGUUGGGCAGACAUGUGUGUGGGCACCAGUGUUGCAGCAUUUGCAGCUCUGACUUUGCGGAGUGCUGGCUUCUCUUGUGCUACGGCUGUUCUUCCGUCCUCAGAUGUCCAGCAGCCUUGGUGGAUCAGCGUGCGCCAUGUUGAUCGAUCUUGUGCCAGGAGGUGGUGUCGAUUUCCAGGGACUUGAAGGAAGCUUUCAACAUGUCUUUAUAUCGCUUCCCUUGUCCCCCAUGCAGUCACUUUCCUUGAAAAUACUCACCAUAGAGGAACUGUUUGGGGAUGCCCUGGUCAGGGAUCUUUGCAACAGGGCCUGCCCAGUAAUGAUGACAAAACGGGAAAACAACAAUGGAGCUUGAGAAGAGAGAUUUCCCUUCAUCAGGUUAUUUUUUUUUAUAACAACCCUAUAAGAUAUUAAUAAUGCUACCCUGCAUGGAUGAAAGUGGAUUUUCAUAUAGAAUAUCUUUCAUUUCUAUGGAAUCCUUCCUUCCAUUAGUUUCAUUAAUUUCUGAAAACCAAAGCAAUAGAUUUCUUUUUAAUUGUAAAGUGUCUGAUGAAGGUUCCAUCUCUCUCCCCCCACCCUCCUCUACAAUAUUGGGAAUAUUUCCUUUUAAUAAAG